CCUUCUGGCGUUACAUUUUCUGCCCCUCGUCUCUCGGGGCUGGACCAAGCCCGGGUCGUUUCUCUAACGAAUGCAGCCGUCCCCUAUUGACCACCGUGGGCUGCGAGAGCUCUGCUUUAUUUCAGCCGCCUUCUCGGGCGGAGAAAAGUACGCCUCUCUGAAAGGUGGAUGAGCAAGGGGCAGAUUUCGUGGGUCCUCUGUGCUCUCCCCCCAGCCCCCUCCCCCCACUCCUCCUUCUGCGUCCUUGCUUCAGCCUUAUCUGGAGCAUGAAGCUUGGGAGUUCUUCCCUGCAACCGCCCAUCGCACCUGUUAGAUUAAAAAAUGGAAGCCUUUGAUGCAUCACUUAAUAGUUACAUGCAGACAUGGCUUGGACCAAGAGAUUCCCGUGUAAAAGGGUGGUUUCUUCUGGAUAACUAUAUACCUACUUUUGUCUUCUCUGUCUUAUACUUAUUAAUCGUAUGGCUAGGACCAAAAUACAUGCAGAAUAAACAGCCAGUCUCCUGCAGGGGCAUUCUAGUGAUUUAUAACCUUGGACUUACGCUGCUGUCCCUAUAUAUGUUUUAUGAGUUAGUUACAGGAGUAUGGGAAGGAGAAUACAAUUUCUUCUGUCAGGACACUAGCAGUGGAGGAGAAGCAGACAUGAAGAUCAUCCGGGUCCUCUGGUGGUACUACUUCUCCAAACUCAUUGAGUUUAUGGACACCUUCUUCUUUAUUUUACGAAAGAAUAACCAUCAGAUCACCGUCCUGCAUGUUUAUCAUCAUGCCUCAAUGCUGAAUAUCUGGUGGUUUGUCAUGAACUGGGUGCCCUGUGGUCAUUCUUACUUUGGUGCCACCCUUAACAGCUUUAUUCAUGUCCUCAUGUAUUCUUACUACGGUCUGUCGGCUAUCCCGUCCAUGCGCCCAUAUUUGUGGUGGAAGAAGUACAUCACUCAGGGCCAACUGCUUCAGUUUGUGUUGACAAUCAUUCAGACUAGCUGUGGUGUGGUGUGGCCUUGUGCAUUCCCUCUGGGCUGGUUAUACUUUCAAAUUGGCUACAUGAUUUCAUUGAUUACCCUCUUCACAAAUUUUUACAUUCAGACUUACAACAAGAAGGCAUCCGCCCGAAGGAAAGACUAUCAGAAUGGGUCCAUGGCUACAGUGAACGGUCACACAAAUAGCUUUUCUUCUCUGGAAAACAAUGUGAAACCAAGAAAACAAAGGAAGGAUUGAAGACCAAACAUUUAGACACCCCAGACAACAAAAUCAUCUGAUUGUAAGCACAAUGUGAGUUGUGCACUGAUACUCCUAACAGCUACUGUAACUAUUCCUGCCUGCAAUAGUGUGAUUUAUGUAGGACUUAACCAGUGCAAACUAGAAAAAUUGUAUAAAGAUUAUUAAAGUAGGCAUAAGACUUUUUAACAAUUCUGGGCUCUUACUGACCCUGCUCUAUAGACUGUGGAAGGGAGUAUUAUUAUAGUAAAUGACACUGCUGUUGCCUUAUUAGUCAAUAUGAUAGGUGCUGAAUUGUGAUUCACAAUUUCCAAACACUGUAAUCCAGUCUCUCUCUCUCUUUUUUUUUUUUUUUUUUUUUUUUACUGUAGAUCAUGCAUGUGAUUGUAAAUGUAAAUUUGUAUGUUGUUUUAGUAGAGAUAAACACACAUGCCUUAAAAAUUUAACAGAAAAAAAAAAGCAGGGCCCAAAGCUUUUCGGUUUAAAAUUAAGAUUAAGUUUUAAGGAAGUUUUUGAUUUUUGUUUUUUGUUUUUUAAUUUGAUUUUCUUAAUAUGUUCCAUUUAAAAAGAUCAAAGACCACAAUUCAUUAGAUGAAUGAUGUCUGAAGCAUAAUUUUAAGUGACUUGUGCAAGUUUCCAUGAAAUCAGCAAUGGCACCUCCGGUUUUAUAAUAUUGGCUUUCUUUAAGCAGGCCUAGAUUCUAAUGGAGCAAUCAGUUUAACUUUUUAACAGAUCGUAUUUUUUUAUUUUGCGUGCCGCUAUUAAUGUAAAAAAUUAAGAAUGUGCGCUAAAGCAACCAUGACAGAUAUAUAUAUGUGUGUGUGUGAGUGAGUGUGUGUGUGAGAGAGAGAGUGUGUAUGUGUGUGUGUGUGUGUGUAUAUAUAUAUAACUUGUCUUUAAGGUUUAAAGAAGCGUGUAUGGUGGACCGACUGUUUUUAAUUUCUCAACUCCAAAUUGCUAAGUGGCUUUUAUACAGGGAAAUAAUGCUGGUUUUGUUUCACACACAUAGGUAGGGUUAGACACCUUUCCAAAAAGACAAUUGAGUACUUUUGAUGUAGCCGAGUCCUACAAAAUGAUCUAUGAUUGGUUGGCAGGGGUCACAUUUUGAUUGGUUUCUGUACUGCUAUCUGUUCAGAUGCAAAGUUUUUUAAAUGUGCCUAGAUUACUGAAAAGAAAAGAGAGAACACGUUCCCAAUUUUUGGGUUUGUUUUUGUUUGAUUUUUUUUUUUUAAAGGUAAAAUUUAAACAGAUAGCUACAGUAGAAGAGAGAAAUUUCUGGGAAAUUUGGAAAUGAUUGUUUCGUGUAAGUCUUAUAAAUCACCUGUAAUUUUUCUGCUUGGUAUCUAAAGAUUUGUUUAGAACUGCUUAUUUAAAAAAACAAAAUGAUAUACUGCUUACCGUAAAAUCUUGUCUUGCUCUCUUGAGUGGCAAAAAGAGACAAGAGCUACUGUAUAUGUCCUUUAAAGUGUGGAAUUUAGCCUAUAAAUAAAUACCUUAAUCACUGAGCGGCAAUUACAUUUAACCACUCAUGCAGUAUGUCUUAGAGAAUCAUUGAUCUAAAUGUAUAGACUGUUGGUUUGAUAUUUAUGUAAAUAUCAGUUUACCAUGCUUUAAUUUUGCACAUCCAUAUCUUGGGAGAACUAAUGAGUUCUCUUAUUAGUCUUGUGGAUUUUCUUUACUUGUUUUGAAGAAGUCAUGGCAUCUGUUUACAUUUACCUUAUCAAAACUAGAGAGUAUAUGUGUCUAUAUGUGUAUGUCUUCAUUCCUAGGUACCAGUUUGCAAAAGUCUUUACAUAUUUCAGUACAGAAGCUAUAAUACUCAAUAGUGCUAAGUGUGCUAGAAAUAAAUCCUUAGCUCAUCUGGAUAUACCCACAUUGUUAAACAAUGUCAAAACGUUAAUCAUUAAAACAUUUUUGAUUAUCUGUG